UCGAGUCUGAAUGCGGUGGUGUAACAGUGCGGCGUCGCAUAAUCUUUAUCGUAUCACAAUAAUCAGUACAAAAAUUUAACUUUCAUUUAGUUGUUUGUUGACAAUCGGUUGGUUAUGAAUCUCGGUUGUAAUACGGGAGCGAGCUUACCGUUAAAGGAUUUCUGUUUGUGUUAAGUGUGUGCUUGGGAUAGAUAAGUUGUUUGUUUAUUUUUUUGAAUUUUUGUUUCUUUUAAAAUUCUUUUCUACGAUAUGUUGGUACAUAUGGUACACAUAUUAUACGAAAAAAACAAUUGCUAUCACAUAAAAAUGCGUUGAAAGAGAAGUUAUGGGAAUUUAUUUAUUCGCAAAUUAGACUUUAUAUGUGCAAAUUGAUACACACCGCUAUCGAGGAUACAUUUUUGUUUUGUUUUUGUUUAGACAAUAUAAAGAUUGUUAGGUUGUGAGAUUUAUAUACGUAGUCUACCAUGUCGUUGUGUUUUUAUAAAAGUGAUAUCAUAAAUUCGUAGUGUGUUGCGAUCCAUGUUUGAAAUUAUGGAGCAGCCAAUGAAUAAAGGAUCAAACUCAUUAACUAUAUGAAAGAAUAAUUAUAAUUAAAAGUUUCGAGUGUCUCUCCAGUCGAUGCCUGGCGAAAUGAAUCUGCAUAAAUAACGUUGAGCAAAAGCGAAAAAAAAGUGUGUAACAUUAUAGAAGUGAAUUGAUAAAUAGAACACAGUUCUAAAAAUACAAUACAUAAACAAGACAAGAGAAUAUAAAAAAAACUUUGUUUAGCCGGGUAAAGAAAUAUAUAAUUUUUAUUAUGUCUUAAAAAGUGAAAACUUUCUAUCGUCUUCUCGGUUUUUUGAAAUGGAAUGAGUGAUGCGAAAUUUGUUUUCCUCAUGGAGCCAAGAAAAAAAAUACUGAAAAUUUAAUGUGUGUAUUGUUGCGGAAAAUUUAUGGGAAAUAUGCGAUAUUCAAUGACGGAACAAAUAUUGGCUGCCCUUAUUUUUAUGGUAGCGGUUACAGAUAUGGCUGUGGGACUAAGAGUUAACGUAACUGUUCCUAAAGCAGUGACAAGUGGAAGCAACGUUACAAUUGUGUGCGAUCACGACCUCGACAGUGAUAAUGUGUAUACGGUGAAAUGGUACAAGGGUGGUCAUGAGUUCUUUCGUUACACCCCCAGAGAGUUCCCAGCAUUGAAAUUGUUUUGGUUGCCGGGUAUUAAAGUUGAUCUGGAAGAAUCGAAUGCAACACAUGUUCAAUUGAAAAAAGUUUCACCGAAACAAACAGGGAAAUACCAGUGCGAAGUUUCCGCUGAUGCGCCUUCCUUUGACACAGAACUCGUUUCAGGCGACUUGGAAGUUGUAGUUUUACCAACACAUGAGCCAGUUAUAACAGGCACUAAGGAACAAUAUCAAUCAGGUGAACUAUUACAAGCAAAUUGCACAUCGAAUGGAUCACUUCCGUCAGCUACGUUGGAGUGGAAAAUAAAUAACGUUCCAGCAAACCAAUUUGACAUCAUAAAAUACGAUGUAAUUAAAGAUGCAGAUACAAAACUGGAAACCAGCAAAAUUGGAUUGCAUCUUUUGUUUGUUAAAGGAAAAAUGGUGUUACAGUGCACAGCAAGAAUACAUGAUUUGUAUUAUUCAGAGGUUAGAAAAUUUAUUGAAGAGGAUAGACCGCAAGUGUAUUUCCCUUCAUUGUCGUAUUUGAGUGAUGAAGAGUACAAUCAGAGAAACGUCGCCGCAGCAAGCGCUUCCAGAAUUAUAGGACUACAUCCCAUGAUCGCUUCUCCACUAGCAGCUCUAGUUCUGUAUGUAAUCACAUUUUUAUGAUUAUGAUUUUACGAAUCGAUGAAUUUAGGUGAUUGUAAGAUUUUUGUAUAAAUAUAUUAUGGAGUAUUUUUGUAUGUGGCUUAGUUAUAAUAAAUUAAAUUUAUGUAUUUGUAGUUAUGAACGUACGACAUUAAAAUGAUUAAAAAAAAUGAUGAUAUCUCUUGUUAAUAAAAACAACCAUU